CCAAACAACACUCCAGUGAGCCAGACAUCGACGGAAUGGCAGUACUGGAAGUGUCUUAUGGCCACCCACUCAGCACGACUUCUAGUAAUUUGCUCUAUUUAAACCCUCUUUCCUUUUCCAGUGGGGAAGACGAGAUUGCUGUCGUGCAUUUGAGGACGAACCGAGACAAACGCACGCUAGUGUAGAUGUUGUGAACUUUAAGCGCUAGCGUAAAUAAAUGAGACUCGCCCGUCGACCAAAAAAUCAACUUCAUCACUCGCGGACAGUUCUUCAGAAAAUAUUCUCAACGGAAGUCAAACUGCGAUAAAAACCUGUGUUCGAAGACUCGGACGUGACGUUUUUCCCCUCGAAGAACUGAGUAAAUAUUUUGGGAACAUCUCUCUUUGUCAACUUUUCGCCCCGUACUCCUCGGUGCAAACUGUGUCGUUGAGGCUUAAGGUUACUCAAACGCUUAUUUUAGCAAGCUAACGUUAGCUAGGUGCGUUAGCCACCAGCCGUUUGGUACAGUAAGUUGUGAACUGUCAAGACUUAAGUAAGCUGCUAACUUUUUUGACCAUGCAUUCAAUACGUUUUUCAAACAGGAUAAAGGUGGAAAAAACAUCAGAAAAUUAGUCUUUUCGUUUGACUUGCUAGUUAGUAACAUCGUAGACACUUUGCGGGCAAUGUCAUGAAUGAUAGUCUGGCAUUUUGAGCCGUGUUUUGUUAAUUGCUGUCUGUCAGAAAACAGACGGCCUCAAUGAUGCAGGCUUUGGAAACAGUCUAACUUCAUUGUAAUCCCGGCCGACCAUGUUGGAUCAUACAGAAUAACACAUGACUCAGGAAAGAAGACGAACUUCGAGGCGUGCAGUUUUUGCUCCUUUUUUUGUGCUGAUGUGAAGAAACCUUACGUUUUAUUUAGGGCAUACAGCAGUUUUGUCAGAAGUCUUUUACCAGCUCAUCCAUCAAAAUGUCGGCCAUCUCUGCAUCCGAGAAAGUGGACGGUUUUACGAGAAAAUCCAUGAGGAAGGCCCAGAAACAGAAAAAAUCCCAAGGGUCCUCCCAAUUCCGAACUCAGAGCUCUUUGGUUGAGCUCUCACCGCUGCCGCAGCUCAAAGAUGCCCCCUCCACAGAGCAGCAGGAUCUGUUCACACAGAAGCUCCAGCAGUGCUGCAUGCUCUUCGACUUCAUGGACUCAGUCACAGACCUGAAGAGCAAGGAGAUCAAGAGGGCCACACUCAAUGAGCUAGUGGACUACGUCUCCACCAACAGGGGGGUGCUGGUGGAGUCUGCAUACCCAGAGAUCACCAAUAUGGUUAGCACCAAUAUAUUCCGGACUCUUCCACCAAGUGAAAACCCUGAUUUUGACCCAGAGGAGGAUGAACCCACUCUAGAGGCUGCAUGGCCUCACAUACAACUCGUCUAUGAAUUUUUCCUGCGUUUUUUGGAGAACCCAGACUUUCAACCCAGCAUUGCAAAACGUUACAUUGAUCAGAGGUUUGUUCUGCAGCUGCUGGAGCUGUUUGACAGUGAGGACCCAAGGGAGAGGGACUUCCUGAAGACCAUCUUGCAUCGGAUUUAUGGGAAGUUCCUAGGGUUGCGGGCCUUCAUCAGGAAGCAGAUCAACAACAUCUUCUUGCGGUUCAUCUAUGAGACUGAUCACUUUAAUGGAGUUGCUGAACUCCUAGAGAUCCUGGGAAGUAUCAUCAACGGGUUUGCACUGCCUCUGAAGGCAGAACACAAGCAGUUCUUGAUGAAGGUGCUCAUCCCUAUGCAUACAGCUAAAGGACUGGCCCUUUUCCAUGCACAGCUGGCCUACUGCGUUGUCCAGUUCCUGGAGAAGGAUCCCACCCUCACUGAGCCGGUGAUCCGUGGACUGUUGAAGUUUUGGCCUAAAACCUGUAGUCAGAAAGAGGUGAUGUUCCUGGGUGAAAUCGAAGAGAUUCUGGAUGUGAUUGAGCCUACACAAUUCAAGAAAAUUGAGGAGCCUUUGUUCAAACAGAUCUCCAAAUGUGUGGCUAAUCCCCACUUUCAGGUAGCCGAGCGAGCACUGUACUUCUGGAAUAACGAGUACAUCCUCAGUCUCAUAGAGGAGAACAUUGACAAGAUCCUUCCCAUCAUGUUUGGUAGCCUGUACAGAAUCUCCAAGGAGCACUGGAAUCCUACAAUUGUAGCGCUGGUCUACAAUGUGCUGAAGACGCUGAUGGAGAUGAACAGCACGCUGUUUGAUGAAUUGACAUCCUCCUACAAGGCAGACAGGCAACGGGAGAAGAAGAAGGAGCAGGAGAGGGAGGAGCUGUGGAAGAAGCUGGAGGAGCUGAAGCUCAACGACACGGCUCUGGUACAGAACAACAGCCAUGGGCUUCAGAAUGCCCAGAACAACAACAACAACAACAACAACAACAACAAUAAUAACAGUAAUUCCCAUGACAACCAAGACAAGAGCACAGCUGUUGGCGUCUCCACAGACAUCCAAGAUCCUGACAUCACCACGGCAACCACUGAGAGCACCACAAGUGCCAAAUGACACAGGAUUUAACCUUCCUAUUCCAUAACGGUUUGAAACCGUGAAAGGACUGUCAGGGACGGGUGGGGACUGGGAGUGGAAUAAAUAGGUGGUAAAAACACAAGUUACACCUCAUCAGUAUAUUACAUCUAUUUAGAGUGACUUAAAAUGCCAGCAGUUCUUUGGCAGAAAGUAUAUAUUUCAACUUAAAACUAUUUUUGGAUGUUAAAGUGUGGCUGCAGUAUAUUGUUCAAUUUUUUGUCUGAUCAAAGAUUUAUCCUUUCACAUUUAGUUUCUUAACUGAAAAAAUGAUUUUUUGUGAUAUUAUAUGAAACAUGGGUGGGGAAAAAAUAAUAAUCACUUGAAAUUAAUGUUUCCGAUUGUGCUGCACUUAGAGAAGCUGAAUUGCUAUUGUAAGAUUUUGUCUAUUUUUAUGUGCUUUCCACACUGCUGCCAACACAGGGGUGCAAACCUUAAGGAAGAAGGGAGGUGCAAGCUUUAGGAGGACUGGGGUGGAUGGGACCAGACCCACGUUGACACGAAUCUCAUGUAUAUAGCAGGGAUGGGAUCAGGAAUCAAGACAAGCCACAAGACGGCCUUCUCCCAUUUCAAAUGAAUGGGAAUUGUAUGGCCCAAAAUAUUCCUGAAAAAUGUUCCUGAGGAUUCUCUAUCAGUGACUCUGGUUCGAGCUAUAGAGGGAAACCAAGUUCAGACGCUCCAUUGAAGUCCCUAGACAGUGUCAUAAUCGUGAGGUCUUUUUUGUGUUUUGGGUGUGUGUGUGUGUGUGUGUGUGUGUGUGUGUGUGUGUGUGUGUGUGUGUGUGUGUGUGUGUGUGUGUGUGUGUGUGUCCUGUCUAAAGAUCUGGUGAAAACAUGAAGCUGAAAUUAAAUAGAUGUAACAAGACCUGCAGCCAUAAGAUUUAUUUACACUAAAGUACUGAGAUGAACCAGGAGUUUCAGAGAAUGAAUGAUAUGGGAACAUAUAUAUAUAUAUAUAUAUAUAUAUAUAUAUAUACACACACCUUAUUUUUCCAGCCUGAUUAGAAUUAAUAAAAGUAGAUAAAAGAAAGAGCCAUUUAUUUUGUAUUAGUAUUGACAAGACAGAGAUUUUUGAAUGUGGUAACAUUUAGUUUUUCAGAUAAAAUAUGACAAGAUGCAGGAAAUGCUUGAGUCUUGAGCGCUUUUAUGUGUAUGUGAGAUUGGAGUCUACUUAAAGGGUAAUGCCACUCAAUUGAAGAUUUAAUUUAAGUUAUUUCUGUGCUCGAGGACAGUCUAGUCAGUGUUGGGAAUAUAACUGUUCUCUCCCAAGGCCAGAAACCAAGACUCAGACUUGUGAUGUUAUCUGGUGUUGUGGAAGGGCAGGCUGAUUCUAGACUUUAUACCUAAUGACUUUAAAUGAGUUUUAAUUUUCCAAUUACUGCCUUUGGGAGCUGAGUAGCUUAUAUUCAUUAACAUAAUUUGGACUGUUCUAGAUUAUACAAAUAACUUGGAACAAUUCUUAAAUUGAAUGGUGCUCCCUCUGAACCUGAGUAUCCGCUCUCUACUUUUUAAGUUCAUAUAUUAGGUCGAGUCUUUCUGAUGCCUUUCUUGUUGGUACACCAUUCCAAUCUCUGUGACAUACAACUGUGUGGGGAAUCUGUUUUGUAAUGGCAGACCUCAUUUAGGUUUUGAACGCCAUCAAAUAAAGUCUACUUUAUCUUUCUACUCAA